AUGGGGAAAGAGUCGUCAAGCCAGGCACAGGAACUCGCCGUGGUGGUAGGUGUGCCAGCAAGUCCAUCUGCCGAUGCGUCCGCAUCGUCUGAUAGCGACGGCGAAGUCGCCAAGGUACACCAGUUCAACGAGCAGACGAACUAUGUGCCCAAAAGAACAAUCAUUACAAUCUUUCUCGCCUGUGCCAGCGUUGACCUGUUAGCUUUGAUGGACCAAACCACCCUCGCCACAAGUUUAACGUCUACCGUGGGACAAUUGCUAUACGGCCGACUCUCCGACAUUUGGUCCCGCAAAGUAGUCCUGCUAACUGGGCUCGCCAUAUUCUUCAUCGGAUCUUUGGCAUCGUCUCUUGCUCAAUCCGUGCUACAACUGACCGUCUUCCGCGCUUUUACUGGCAUUGGAGGCGGUGGCUUGAUGACUGUCGCACAGCUCAUUGUCAGUGACGUCGUGCCUUUGCGAGAGAGAGGAAAGUACCAAGGAAUUCUGGUAAGGGACCUUGCGGCCAAACCUUCUCUUUGUUUCCAAGCUGAUGAAGGUGUCAAGGGUGCUGUUGUAGCCAUUGCAAACGGUAUUGGCCCCGUUAUCGGUGGUGCUCUUUCGUCCAAGUCCUCUGAAUCAUGGCGGUGGAUUUUCCGUCUCAAUCUUCCAUUGACUGCCCUAACGACGGGCUGUGUCAUCUUUUUCAUGCCGUUAAAGAAGGUCCAGGGAGAUUGGAAACUAAAAUUAAAGGCUGUCGAUUUCGGCGGAAUCUUCCUGGCAUUUGCCGGAAUGACCAUCUUUAUUCUGGGCAUGACUUGGGGAGGUCGCGAAUACUCGUGGAAUUCCGUACAGGUCAUCACCACCAUGGUGAUUGGUGUGGUUGUCUCGAUUGGCUUCGUUUUGUGGCAGUGGAAAGGACCAAAGUAUCCUCUUGUGCCUCUCCAUAUUUUCAAGUCCAAGAUCGUCAACGGCGCAUGCCUAACAAUGGCCAUCAACGGAUGGAACUUUGUCAUGCAAGUGUACUAUGUCCCGUCCUUCUACCAGCUCGUCUAUGGAUACUCUGCCACAAAGUCAGGAGCUCUUCUUCUUCCCAUCACCAUCAUUCAAACUAUCAGCAGCACUCUCUCCGGCUUGAUUGUACACUGGAUCGGCAGGUAUCGGGAAUGUAUUUUAUUUGGCUGGGUAUGCUGGGCCGUUGGCCUUGGUCUCAUGUCGACUUUGGACGAAACCACCGGACUUGGUAAACAGAUUGGUUACGCUUUACUGAUUGGUGUUGGAGUUGGCAACACACUACAGCCGGCAUUGAUUGCAACACAGGCUGGCGUUGAGCGGCGCGACAUGGCCAUCGUUACUUCAUUUCGCAAUUUCGUCCGAAACCUCGGGUCAACCCUUGGACUUGCAGUCUCUGGGACUGUAAUCAACAACAUUCUGGCUGGAGCAUUUUCAUCCCUUAACCUGGAUGCAAAGGCAGCCAAAGUCCUACUCAGCAACCCACAAGAAUAUCUCCGAGAAGUGUCUCCGGAAGAAGCCGACCGUGUCAGAGCUAUUCUUUUUCCGGCAUACAAACGCGGGUUCCGUAUUAUUUUCAUUGUCGGCGCAUCCUUGGCCGCAUUUGCAUUUGUCCUGGCAUUUUUCCUCAUGCCGCAGGUAGAGUUGAGUCGACCGGAUGACCAAAAGUUAAAGGAGGAGGCGCAAAAAGCUCACGAUGAGAAGAAGAAAAAGAAAGAGGCAGCUUAG